GACUGAAGAACAGACGCUCCUAUAGCACUCUGCGAGGCACUUUACAUCGCACUAACACAGGGGCGACCAUUCCCUGCAGCAUCCGAAGAGGGGGAAUACCGUUUUUCAAAGCUUGAUUUUGAAGGUGGAAUCGGACGAAACAUGUCUUACCAAGGAAAAAAGAACAUCCCAAAGAUCACAAGCGAGAGGCUUCUGGUCAAAGGCGGGAGGAUCGUGAAUGAUGACCAGUCCUUCCAUGCUGAUAUCUACAUGGAAGAUGGCGUCAUUAAGCAGAUCGGCGACAACCUGAUCGUGCCUGGUGGGGUAAAGACCGUCGAGGCCAACGGAAAGAUGGUGAUCCCCGGUGGCAUUGACAUCCACACCCACUUCCAGAUGCCGUACCGUGGAACCACAACCGUGGAUGACUUUGCUCAGGGAUCCAAGGCUGCUCUUGCCGGUGGCACCACCAUGAUCGUGGACCACGUGAUCCCAGAUCCCGGCUGCAGCCUGAUGGAGGCCUAUGACCAGUGGAGGCAGUGGGCUGAUGAGAAGUCCUGCUGUGACUACUCCCUCCACGUAGACAUCACCCACUGGAAUGACAGCGUGAAGCAGGAAGUGGAAAGCCUCAUCAAGGAGAAGGGUGUGAACUCUUUCCAGGUCUACAUGGCUUACAAGGACUACUACCAGAUGAGCAACAGUGAGCUUUAUGAUAUCUUUUCCUUCUUGGCUGAGAGGGGAGGCAUUGCUGAAGUCCAUGCUGAAAAUGGCGAGAUCAUCGCUGAGGAGCAGGCCCGCAUGCUGCAGAUGGGAAUCACUGGACCGGAGGGACACGUGUUGAGCAGGCCAGAAGAGCUGGAGGCAGAGGCGGUGUUUCGUGCCAUCACCAUCGCCAGCCAAACCAACUGCCCUCUCUACGUUACCCGCGUCAUGAGCAAAAGUGCUGCUGACAUCAUCUCACAGGCCCGGAAAAGAGGAAAUGUUGUGUUUGGGGAGCCAAUCACAGCCAGCCUGGGGACUGAUGGGACACAUUACUGGAGCAAGAACUGGGCCAAGGCGGCUUCUUUUGUUACAUCACCUCCUCUUAGCCCUGAUCCCACCACUCCAGACUAUCUGAACACAAUGCUGUCCAGUGGAGACCUGAGCGUGACUGGCAGUGCUCACUGUACCUUCAGCGUGGCCCAGAAGGCCAUCGGCAAGGAUGACUUCACUCAGAUUCCAGAAGGUGUUAACGGAGUUGAGGAGAGGAUGAGCCUCAUCUGGGAUAAAGCUGUGACUACAGGUAAGAUGGACGAGAACAUGUUUGUGGCAGUCACCAGCACCAACGCAGCUAAGAUCCUGAACCUGUACCCUCGUAAGGGUCGGAUCGCCGUGGGCUCUGAUGCUGACCUGGUCAUCUGGGACACAGACUCCAUCCGCACCAUCACUGCCAAGACACACAACUCUGCUGCUGAGUACAAUAUCUUUGAGGGCAUGGAGCUGCGUGGAGCCCCACAAGCGGUGAUCUGCCAGGGGAAGAUUGUCGUGGAAGACGGGACCCUCCAUGUUGUCUCCGGCGUGGGUCGCUUCAUCCCCUGCUCUGCCUUCCCUGACUUUGCCUACAAGCGCAUUAAAGCCAGGAAGCAGCUGGCGGUCCUGAGAGCAGUGCCCAGAGGAAUGUAUGAUGGCCCGGUGUCUGAGUUCUCCAUGUCCCGUGGUGGCACUCCCUCAGCUUCAGCACGCACCUCUCCCACCAAACAGCCUUCCAGAAACCUUCACCAUUCUGGAUUUAGUCUAGCAGGUAACCCUGCACAAUGUGGUCCCACCAUCCCAGAUGACAUCCCCAUCAGGCCUGCUGGCCGCCGUAUUGUAGUGCCCCCCGGUGGUCGUUCCAACAUCACAUCCCUCAGCUAAACAGCAGACAGACAAGGGGAGGCAUCCGGAAAACAACAGCAGCCAGAGUGCAGGAUUGAGGGUGGGAGAGACGAAAAAGGGGAGGGAGGAACAGAUGCAGAGGACCAUGAUUAGUUACAAGUAAAAUAAAAAGCAAAACACUGAAUCCUCAUGCCUUACCUGUCACUAUAUUGACCAUGCUCAGAUGAGAACUAUAUCCAUUUCCCUGGGUAAAUUGAAUUGAAUUGAAUUGGUUAGACAUGGUUACUAAUAGUUAAAGUUACCCCCAUCCCACAGUGCAAUUCACAUCACUAGUGUUUAGCCUUAUCACCUCUCAGUUUAGAAUAUACCACAAAUGGUUUCAUAAUGGGAACACACGACAGUCAUACCAUCACAUCGAACCAACAUAGUUCAGACUGUGUUCCCAAAGGGAAAUGGAUACAGAUUUUUCACAGGAUGAUGCUAUGGUCCAUUCAUCCUGUUUGGCUUUUAAUGUCACCCCCUUUUUACUUGUCUGCUUUCUGAUUUGUCAGCAAAACACAACACUAGAUCCCACAUUAGCCAUGUAUUACCAUGCAGUACCAUUGAUUAGCUCUAGGUGGCAUUGUAUAUACAGUAGAUGUAAUGUAGCUUUGUGAAUGAUGUUGCUGCAGCCUGUUGGGGUUUACUGGACCAAGUAAAAGGUAUUUAUCAAGUCUCAGAGCAGGAGUGCUGUUGGACAUGGAGCUGCCUGGGCCACAAUAAUACGAGUGAUGUGAUUCAUGUUCCCCCCCUCCUACUCUGAGGUUACUUGAUGAAUACCAUCCCCAUGAUGUAUUCAUUGAAUUAUUAUGGAUGUUAAAAAAAAGAAGAAACCAGACUUGUCUGCUUAAAAGAUUUUGCGAAACAACAAAUGUAAAAGUUUGACAUUUUAGGAAGGGUUUUAGAAUCUUUAUCCCUGAAAAGGUUGUGUGAGUUUUUAUUUUACCUGCGUUCCAUCAUGGCUGUGUAAAACAAAAUAUUGUAAGAAAUCGUCCUUUGCAUCUGCUUCUAGCUAAUUGGCUGCUACUGUUAUCCUAAAACCAUUAUGAUAAAGAUAAACGAAGAGAACGAAGGAAGGGUAAAAAAAAACAAAAAAACAACCUGAUCACAAGAAGUACGAAACAUGCAACUGUCUCUGCAGCCCAUCUGCAACUUUUAACUAUGAGCUUUGCAAUUGAGGGAAACAAGGAAAACCAGAUGCAAUUAAAUGAAUACGCAACAAAUACCUGCUUUCAGAUAACAGCACUUCACCUCCCUUUACUUUUUAAUUCCUAACAAACUGGGCUCUGAUUUUAAGACAAGAGGAAUACCAUCAUUCCUUUGUCCCCCCAACAAAGUCCCUUUAAUGUAAUCCUGACCAAUAGUUAUUUAUCACCAGCCUGAUUAUAUCUAGGGCCUAAGUGAGUUGACCUGAAACACUCUGAUGCUGUUGGGGGGCCUUAGAGCCUUUUAUGUCUGUGCUGUUUUUUUGACAAGGCAGAGGAUUGCCGUGCAGUAAGGGAAGCUUUUUCUUCACUGUCCCACUGUGGGGGAGGGAGGGGAGGUCAUCAUGUUUUUUUAUUUGACAGUGAGGGCAGACUCUGAGGCAGGCACGAUUAGUGGUUUGUUGUAUUUAUGUUAGUUUGACAACCUUUGUUAUUGUUUUUACGUUGUUUCUUUUUUUACUGUUGUAUCAAAAUCCAGAGAUGGCAGGUCAAAACUAAGGUGUGUUGUGGAGGUAUGAUUUGUUUCCUGAAUAAACAUGAGUUGCAACUGA